UCCACUAUUUUUUAAACGUUUACGAUCGUUGCUCCUGCUUUCCUUUAUUACCUGUCUGCACCAUGGCAGAUCAGAGGCUGAGCCUGCAGGCCCUGUCAGUUCUCUGCGGCUGCAACGUCGAGCUGACGAGUGGAGCCUCGCAGAUCACCCCCCAGGAUUUUGUCAACGUUGUAGCCCUCAGGGAGUUUUACAAACAGGAGGGAUUUCGAGAGCUGGAGUACCCGAGCAUAGGUACUCUGUCCCUGCAGGACGAUGAGGACUUGUACAGCAGCCCCGCGGCUCUGACUGAGGGACCUGGGGAGAGCCUCAAACAAAUGGUGAAGAUCAACCCUGAGGACUUCUUCCACCCUCAGUAUGACUAUGAUUUCACCAAAGUUAAGGAUGGUGAUAAGACAUUUCUGCGUGGUAAUGAGAAGUAUGUUCGUCCCUGCGGGUGGAACCGGGUGGCCCUGAAAGUCCUACAGAAAUAUGAUGAUGGGGAUUCCUGGCUCGGGACCGGGAAGGACGCCUGGCCUGUCUCCUACCAAGGACAAAACAUGGACGGCUCCCUCGGCAUCAUCCUCGGCCGCGAGAGCCAAGCGGAUGACGAGCCCAGUUUUCUGGAUGCAGGCGCCGCCUGCAUGGUCAACGUGGAGACGAGAGGUAGGGGCGUGUACUCCACACCAGACAUCAAGAUGGCGGAGAAGUACUGCAAGAUGUUCACAUCCAAGGUGGAUGGGAAGAAGUACAAGGUGGUUCUCCAGAACCGCAUCAACCCAAAGAGCAGGAAGGAAUGCAACAGAAAAGAUGUGUGGUUGGUGUACAUCCCUGAAGGCCACAACGACCUCCAGACAAAGGCCAUYGUGCAGGAAUCCCUCCGUCCGUACGGGCUGCUGCUGAAGCAGGUGUGAGUCAAAGUUCCAGCAGACAMAAGUUCAUGUUCAGAUACAUUAUCAGCACAGGAAAAUCUGUAUCAUCACCCGCUUCG